AUGGGCUUCCAGUAUGAGCUAGAUGGCUCCGUCGAGACACACGACCCUGCCUUGCCUUCAACUACAGCUUGCCCAUACCUACCUGGCCAAGCCGUCAACACUUUAAUUGUUCCUGUCGAGCAGGCUCUCCGACAGCGAAGUGCUUCCCUGACAUCCAUACAUACUGCCGAUUUAAAAACCAUGGACCCCGAUUCCAAAUACACCACUCCCCGACCUGCACCUUCAGUACCAGCCAACCACAUUCCUUACCGGGUUGGUUCAUCACCCUCACUACACCACAAGUCUUCUUCCCGAUCAUUAUCACCGGCUCCAGCGGCAUGGAAGCGCUUGUUUGGUCGCAAGAUGAACUCAGAGGGUGAGCGUGGUCGAUCUCCAGUUCGCAAUGAUACGUCUAGCUCUACCGAUGAUCUGGAUGACCGCUGCACAACACCAUCAGAGGGCACUCGCACAAGGGACAUCUCACCUGAAUCUCUUCGACGUUUUCUUUCCGAUGACAAUCCUGCUCGCCCCGGGUCUAACCUCAGCGAGAGACCAUCACUCAUCAUCCCUGAUGAUAUCGUGGAGGAUAACGAGAACGAUGAUGACGACAACUUUGCUUCUUCGGCGGUCUCUGACGGACAGUCUUAUGUCACUCGUCUCUCGCCCCCUCCUUUCAAGCGAUCUCUCUCUUCUGAAUCUGUAAAUGCCGAUGUCUUUCAUUCAAGUUCACUGCGCCCAAUUUCUGCAAAGUCCUCUAAGCAGAGCUUGCUAGAGACUACCAGUGUACCCGCCUCGGCAGUAAUACCUUCUCGUCCUCGAUUGGAAACACUACGACCACGAAUCAACCCUGCGACGAGCUUCUUCCUGUCGCCAGCCACGCCAAACCCUACGACGAGCUUCUUUCUGUCACCAGCCACGUCAAACUUUCCUGAGGACGAAGGAAUCAACUUUUUCGAUCUCACUGAUGACGAGGACGAUGUCGUGUCAAGUAACAACAGCGAUAUCCUUGCAUUUCAACCCGCACCCGGCAUGGUUUCCACUACCGACUCUUUUGAGUGUUACAGUCUUCCCGAGUCGCGAGGACAUGGGUCCAAGAUCAUGGAAACCCAAUCAUCCUACCCGAAGGUCAACUCACCAUCUCUCCUCCCCCAUGGUGAAUCGGGCUUCGCUGUUAGCGAACACAAUUUCCUCGGUGCUCCCAUUGAUACAGGACUCGAUGAUUUUGCCGCCGAGUUGGGUUGGAUGGCCGAUAUUAUCGGUUCCAAGGUCAACUAA